AUGGCUCACGCCUCAAUCCACAUCUAUGGUAUUACCGUCGAUUUCAGCAAGUCGAAAAGGAAUGUACAGUCUGCUGAAGUACAGAUUGGCAAGUUGCAUUUGCCAAUUGAACGCCAGGCAGGAAAAAUUUGGCGACAGACGUUUUCUACACCCAUGGAGCUUUCUCAUAGGGAUGCAUUUUCCUUACACAUGCGGUACAGGAAAUGGCUUGGGAUGAAGACCGACUACGAAGACAUUAUUCUCAGCCCUGAAGACAUAUUCCGCGUGUAUAGUGCAAGCGACGGACAAGAAUACAAUAAGUUUCAUAACAAAAUCAGGAUCGUCGUCGACCUUUCCAGCAAUACAACAACUGAACAGGUUGAGCAGUCUGUCUCUUCCGGUGAAACCUCUGAGCUCCGGCCUACCACUUCCGAAAUUUUUCGGAAGUGUCCUCGGUUCCGAAUUCUGGUAAUAGGAAAGACUGGUGUCGGCAAGUCAUCGCUGAUCAACCACGCGUUCGGGGUGGACAAAACGACCGCUUCGCACGAUAGGCCAGGCGAGGCCACCAUCGACGAUGAGUUCAUCUCACCGCAGAACGACAGGUUUGUCCUCCACGAUAGCAAAGGAUUUGAACCAGGGGACGAACACAACCUCAAAAUAGUCCGAGAGUUCAUUGAGGGUCGGAGGAACAUGUCUGCUCCGGAACACCAGUUGCAUGCUGUUUGGCUUUGCCUUGAGAUACCCUGUGCAGGCGGAGCUUUGCUAGAGACGGGAACAGAGGAAUUCCUGAAAUUAAAAAGUAGUGAGAUGCUGGAAGACAUUCCUGUUAUUGUCGUUCUCACUAAAUAUGAUGUGCUCGUCGACCGCAUCGAACGAACUCUAGACGAAACCUCUCUCAAUGGAUUGAGUGACAAAGCUAUCAUGGAACUCGCCAAGAACAAAGCAGACGCCGAGCUGCAGAAAAUCUGCAUCGGACCCCUAGAGAAAUUUUCAGGGCCUGACAUUCCCCACGCUGAGAUCUCUACCCAUAAAGACCACAAGGAGACGCUCACACGCCUGAUCCAAAUCACUGAAAAAUGUGUCGGUCUGCAUUCUACGCCCGAGGCAGCGGUGAUGACCUCCAUCGCUCAACGAGUGCAUCCUGGACUCAAAAUCAAGGCAUCAAUUGACUUCGGGGUUGGCAAGACAAGAUAUUGGAAGGCGCUUGCAUCAAGCACGACGUUCAAGAACCGCAAGACGUGGGAUUGUCUACAUGUGCUUCACACUGACAUCGUCAAUGUGUGGAACUUCUAUGACCCUCAUCUUUACUUGCAAAGCCAAGAGUUCAGGGAAUUAAUGGUGAAAAUGGUCGAUAAGCUAGAAGUUGGACCUACACCCAAUCCCACUAAGACCAUUACUAUUGGGCUAUCCAUGGUGGGCACUAUUGCGGGCAUCGUGUCCGCUCUGGCAGGACCUGCGGCCCCCAUCGUAGUACCAAUCGCAGCAAGUGCUGUACUCGCCGUAUGGGUUCACGAUGUAUACCAGAUAUCUCACGCGGUGCUCCAGCGCUUCAUGUCGUACAUCGUCCACUUAACACUUGUAUUGCAGACACUUUAUCUCGUAUCGGAAAGCCAGGGACUCACUCGUAGGGCCAUCAAGCUCGCGGUUGCUUCCUACCUCGACUCCCAAAUGUGCGAAGAGGUCCAUACUCGGAUUCAAGAGUAUGACAGGCAAUUGACCAUCCUGGAACGCGCGGAUAGUGAUACCUUGGAUAAAAUUGUUGAGGUGAUUCAAUUUUACAGCAUGGAUGCGGCAGAAAUGUCCAGACUUCGGGAAAAGAUUCCCCCUGCGGGUUUGUCAUCAGACGAACCAUGGGACACCAAGAAGUCGUAG